AUGUCGGCGACCUCGGUGCAGGCGGUAGACCCUUCUCAGCUGGGCCUGAGCAAUGAAGAGCUCUUCCUGCUCCGCCAGGGCCAGUCGGCCGCUCUCGCCGGCGGUGGCGGAUCCAGCUCCUCACGAGCGGCCAGCCGGGCGUCCUCGCAGGGCUUGCUCGUCAUGGACACAUCCUCGCUCGCCGCCCUUGCCCGCCACUUCGACCACCUGAUGGCCAACAUCCAGCAACAGCUCGAGUACCUCGGCCAGGAGUCGGCGACGGUGACCAUGUACGUCUACGACCAGGCCGGGCAGCUGGUCGAGAACGCCGACGCCGAGAUCGCGCGCUACACCCGACUGCUGAAGCAGAUGGACGACUUGGAGGUCGAGUUCGACCGCAUACGCCACAUCCGGGAUAUAGUCAGCAGCUUCAAGCAGAGGGCGCAGGAAAUGGAGCGCGAACUCGAGCGCUCGCAGCCCUCGGGGUCCAGCUCGAGACACAGGGAUCGAGACAGGCAGCACCAUUCUUCGUCGUCCAGGCACGGCCACUCCCACUCCCACUCUCACGGACACCGGCACGGGCAUACCUCUUCUUCCUCGCGCCGCUGA